AACCACCAACAAUCCAACAACGACCUGCCCGUAGCAUUCAAUCAGGCAGAAUAACCAUGGCUAAGAAGUUCAGUAUCGAAGUGUCCCCGUCGGAGAAGCCCGGGCACGGUCCUAUCCGUCGCUCUCCCCACUCUCCCAAGGAGCUUAUCACCAGUCCGGACGAUUCUAUCAAGACCACCUACGACAUCCUGCAAUUUGCAGCAAGACAUUACCCUAACAAGGAUGCUGUUGGCUCGAGGAAGGUCUUGAGGGUGCAUACAGAGGAGAAGAAGAUCAAGAAGGUUGUCGAUGGCAAGGAGACCGAAGUGCCCAAGAAGUGGAACUUCUUCGAACUGAGCCCUUUCAGUUUUAUCACCUUCCAGGAAUUGCGCGACAAAGCGGAAAGAUUGGGUUGCGGUUUGAAGGCUUUGGGUAUGGAGGAGGGUGACAAGGUGCAGAUUUACGCGGCAACUUCUCAGAUGUGGUUGACCAUGUCGCAAGCUAGUUCUUCUCAGAGCUUUCCCAUCGUCACUGCAUACGACACUUUGGGUGAGGAGGGAUUGACCCACUCUCUUGUGGAGACUAGCGCAAAGACCAUUUUCUGUGACGGAAGCCUUCUUCCAACCUUGGUGAAACCUUUGGAGAAGGCCACUGAGGUCAGACAUAUCGUGUAUCAUGGCGACGUCAAGGAGAAGGACAUUGAGGAAUUGAAGCAGGCUUACGGUGACAGACUUACUAUCCGUGACGACGAGGCUCUCGAGCAGCUCGGCAGGGAGAACCCAGUGGCACCCAACCCGCCUAAAGCCGAGGACUUGUGCUGUAUCAUGUACACCUCCGGUUCCACUGGCGCACCCAAGGGUGUUGUUCUUUCUCACGCCAACCUCGUUGCCGCGGUCGGUGGUAUCACCCAAAUUCUGUCCCACAACAUCAACAAGGACGACAACUACAUUGCUUUCCUCCCGUUGGCUCACGUUCUCGAGUUCAUCGUGGAGCACUACAUGCUCUUCUUGGGUGCUACCAUGGGAUACGGCAAUGUCAAGACUUUGACCGAUGCGAGCGUUCGUCACUGUGCUGGUGAUAUUAGAGAAUUCCGUCCUACCGUUAUGGUAGGUGUUCCUGCGGUCUUCGAAAGCGUUCGUAAGGGCAUCUUGACUAAGGUUGCUGCCGGCGGCUUCGUCACUCAGAAGUUGUUCUCCGGUGCUCUGUCAGCCAAGUCGUUCCUGAACAGCUGGUCCCUUCCGGGAUCGGGCGUCUUGGAUGCCGCCGUAUUCAAGAAGGUUCGUCAGGCUACUGGUGGCAGGCUCAGGUACACACUUUCCGGCGGUGCGCCCUUGUCGGCUGAGACGCAACGUUUCUUGAGUACCGCUUUGUGCCCGAUGUUGAUCGGUUACGGGUUGACCGAAACUUGUGCUAUGUGCACAAUCAUGCCUCCUGAGGCGUUCUCCAUCGGACCUGUCGGAUGCCCCGUGCCUUGCUCUGAGAUCAAGCUCGUCAGUGUCGAGGAUGCCGGUUACAAGGCGGAAGAAAACAAGGGAGAAGUCUGGAUUCGCGGUCCCUCCAUUACCAAGGGCUACUUCAACCGCGAUAAGGAGACUGCCGAGGCAUUCACUGAGGAUGGUUGGUUCAUGACUGGUGACAUCGGAACAUGGCUUCCCAACGGUCAGCUUCAGAUCAUUGACCGUAAGAAGAACCUUGUCAAGACGGCACACGGCGAGUACAUUGCCCUUGAGAAGUUGGAGUCCAUCUACCGUACUACGCAGGUCGUUCAGAACAUCUGUGUAUACGCUGAUCAGAGCAAGGUCAAGCCCAUUGCAAUCAUAGUCCCAGUCGAGGCUGCGCUCAAGAAGAUUGCUGAGGAGAAGGGUAUCAAGGGUGAGGACCUGGAGGACCUUUGCAAGGAUGACUACCUGAAGAAGGCCGUUCUUGACCACCUCUUGGACACUGGAAAGAAGGCUGGAUUGAAGGGCAUCGAGUUGUUGCAAGCUGCGGUUUUGGCACCGGAGGAGUGGACCCCUCAAAAUGGCUUGGUUACUUCUGCUCAGAAGCUGCAGCGCAAGAAGAUCUUGGAGCAGUACAAGGAUGAAGUUGAGCACGCCUACAAGCACACUUCUCCAUAG